AUGGCUAGUUCGACUUCAAUUAAACUUUAUACCAAUCGAAACUGCCCGUGGGCCCACCGUGCCCAUAUUGCGCUGGCAGAAUUGGGUCUACCAUUUGAGGAGUUGAUAAUUGACUAUAGCAAGGCGAGAACGCCAGAGUACCUCAAGAUUAAUCCUAGUGGGAAAGUGCCCACGAUGAUAUAUAACGACAAUAUCAUUUUCGAGUCGGCUAUCAUCGCGCAGUUUCUGGUUGACUCGGUCCCAUCGACACAUUUAAUUCCGCGUACUGGGGAACCCGAAGGAGCCCUCAUGCGCGGAAGGAUCGCCUUAUUCGUUGAAACAUAUUCUUCGAAAGCCAAUCUCUAUUACUACCGCAUGAUUGAAGCUAAGACUGACGAGGAUGCCGAGGAACUCGGCCAGCGCUACGUUGAUGCUGUUGUCACUGAAAUUGAGCCUCUCUUGCAGGACGCGAAACCGUUCUUUGGUGGUAGCGAUAGGCUGACAAUGGCUGAGAUCCUGACAGCUUCAUUUAUUUUGCGUAUUUUCACCUUGCCUUUCACCGAAAAUGCACCCCUCCCAAAAUCCAUGAUAGCCGGAUUGACAGAGAGGGCACCGAAGUUCUGCGCGUGGGCCAAGAUUACGAUAAUGCAUCCAUCUGUGAUUGGCAUCUACAACAGAGAUGGUUGUGCGGCGGAGAUGCGUGAUCGACGAGCAAGGGUUCGCGCUCGGUAUGAUUCGUAA